AUAAAAAAUCGAAUUAUUGAGGAAACCCUCAAGCUGAAAUUCGAAAGCGCAAGAGCAGGGAAUAAGCCCGAAAAUGUUGACAUCACAUUUGCGGAUUUCGACGGGGUCCUGUUUCACAUCUCCAAUAUCGAUGGCGACAAAAAUAAACUGCGGCUCAGUGCUUCUUUAAAGUUUUUCAAAGACCUGCAGGAGCAUGGUGCAGAAGAGCUUUUAAAGCGGGAAUAUGCUGGUUAUUUGGGUUCUCCGGAACAAGGCUACAAUAUUAGCUUGGAGUUCGACUUGGAAAAAAUAGUCUCACUUCCCGCCGACGCAGUGGAUGCCGUCAUCGCGAAGGCUGCCUUGCUGAAGCGGAACUGCUUUGCAUCGGUCUUUGAGAAAUACUUCGAUUUUCAGGAGAAAGGUGUUUUAGGCCAGCAGCGUGCGGUUAUUCAUUACCGUGAAGAUGAAACUAUGUAUGUGGAGGCUCAGCACGAUCGUGUUACGGUUAUCUUCAGCACAAUAUUUCGAUCUGCUGAUGAUGUGGUCAUCGGGAAAGUGUUCCUACAAGAAUUUAAGGAAGGUCGCCGGGCUAGCACCACCGCUCCACAGGUGUUGUUUAAUCACCGAGAUCCGCCCAUGGAACUGCAGGGAACUGAUGCCAGAACAGGAGACAAUAUUGGCUAUAUCACUUUCGUGUUACAGCCCCGUCAUAUCAACAAGCAAGCACGGGAUAACACAAUAAACCUUAUCCACACUGUUCGAGACUAUCUUCAUUACCACAUCAAGUGCUCGAAAGCUUAUAUUCACUCCCGAAUGCGGGCUAAAACGAGUGAAUUCGUCAAAGUAUUGAAUCGUGCCCGUCCCGAACCAAAAGACCGAGUGAAGAAAACGAUAACUGGAAAAACUUUCGUGCAAGCCGACUGAUUGUUCCUGGACUUUUCGGAAUAUCUUUAAUUUUUUGCAUGUUGUUUUUAACGCCCGUUUUUGUUCUAUUUAUAGAUUACCUUAUUGUUUGAUAUGUUUUUCUACGCGUGAGAUUUAACUUCACAAUCAGUGGUGUUUGUCGUGUUCCUAUACAUUUAAGAUGUGAACCUGG